UCAAUACAAAAUGUAUUCCAGUACAUUGCAUCUUUUCACUUCGAUGGCUUUAGUUUUGAAACUAGUUUCAUGCAAAAUCAUCGUCGAUGUCGUGGAGGAAGCCCUCCUCUGUGACGAUCGGGACGAGCCACUUCCGCUUCCGGCCGCAGAUUUCACCGGACUCGAGUUUGAACUCAACGAGGACGAUGUCAUGUGUGUCAGUGGAACCGUAACCGUUAGGGAGGACUACGAGGCGCCGCUUGGAACAUACUUCUACACGAAGCACCUGGAGCGUGGCCAGUGGAGACCGGGCGUGUUUGCCCGGAUUGUGAAAGAUUUUUGUCCGGACAUUCUGAACCCCAGAGAGGCAUGGUACUUUAUCACGAAAACGUUGAACCAGACGUACUGUCCCUACAGAAAGGGGCACGUUGAGGUGUUGGACCGGUUGAAGUUUGGAACGUAUGGGGUGAUUGUUCCGUUCCACAUGCUUGGCGAGUGGAAGUUAUAUUUUGAAGUCACAGCCAAACGGAACGGCCAGAUGAUCAAGGAGUGCAUCAUGCGGAGAGUUUUCCUGACGGAUGGUUGAAGCAUCACGACUGUGAGCUGUGUGUUAUCUUUGGAUUGCGUAUGAUUUAAUUUAAUUAAUGCCAUUAGUUUUCAAGGAUUGUAUCGCCUCCCCCUUCAAAAUUGAUCCCAAAAAUCAGGGGGAGAAAAAAAGAUAGAGAGCGAAAAAACCUAAUUUCAAAUUUAAGGCCAUUUUUU